AUGCCAGAUAAACAAGUUGGUCCAAAGUUAAAGCUCACAUGGCAUAAGCCAGUAGAAGAAAAUGGAAUUAUCAAGAGUUACACUGUGUUUUAUAGUCAUGAUGAAGAUCCUCAUCACAUUAGCACUGAAACCUUAGGAGGAAACAUGUUAAGUUACACAGUAGAUGUGUUAGGUGGGGCCACCUAUCAGUUCCACGUCAGAGCUGCAACGAUCAAACCUGGACCAAAUGCAACCUUGUCUGUUACUAUUAAUGAUUAUGAACCCAGUGUAGCACCAAAUGAUGUGUCUUUCAGUACACUGAACCAAACAACCUUCAAUAUUUCAUGGUUACCCCUGACAAGAAAAGAGAGUUAUAGCAAAGUUAUCUCAUAUGAGGUCAAGAUGUCAUUGGUGUCUUCUGGAAGUCGACAAAAGAGAUCUCCAGCCAACAGCAAAACUGUUAACACAACAAAAGCAUUUGUUAUCCUGUAUGAUAUGCAGCCUUGUUACAAUGUGUAUGUCCGAGCAUACACUAAAGCCGGCCCUGGACCAUAUGGUCAACCCUUACCUCUAGAAUUGAGUAAGUUUCAUUUUUGCAUGUAG